AUGCCAGCACUCCUCGCCGCCGCGGUCUGGGCGGCCGCUUUUUCGCCCGCCGCCGUCCUCUUCGCGACGGUCGUGGCGCGCCGGCCCGUCCUCGUGGUCCUCGUUUUUCUCUCGGCGUUCGCAUGCGCGUACGUCCUCUUCCUCCGCUCGCUGCGCCAGCUGGGCGUGGCCGUCGACACCGGCCCGCCCGCCGCGCACCUGCUCAGCGCCGCCGUGGCGAACGGGGUUGGCAUCUGGGCGGCGUACACGCUCGUUCUAUACGGCGACGUGCUCUGGCGGUCCAGCCUGCCCGGCAGCCUGUACAGCGACCAGUGCGAGGGGCUCUCCACCUUCGCCGUCGACGCGAUGAGCGCGUGCGGCAUUGGCCUGGUCAACGUGCUCCUUUCGUGCAUCGGCUGGGAGAAAGACGAGCCGCUCCUAUCCUCGCAGAGCCGCGCGCACCGCUCCUCCGCGCCGCUCGACGAGCCACCACCCGAGGAGACGACGCGACAGAGGCUGAACCGACCAAGCGCCGCGGCGUCGGGGGACUGA